AUUUGCAUGCUUUUUCGAGCAGGACUUCCUGAUCGCUCUCCAUUGGCUGCAGGUAGAAAGCUGUGCAGAGCCGGAGCCACGGACAGCCGGACAGAGCUCAUGCAAACCUCUAACUGAGCUUCAUACCCCCCCUUCCUCCUCCUCCUCCUCCUCCUCCUCCCCUGGCUCCCUUCCUGCACAGCACAUGUGAAAGUUGUGCGCGGGGCUCUCGCUGCCGCCCCGCUCCCUCCUGCUGCUCGCGGGGAUCCAGGGAGAGCCGGGCUGGGAUAAACCCCCCACCCACCUUCCAUACACACACACCCCCCCUCCCUCCAAGCUCCUCUCGCCCCAUGGUGGAUUUCGGCACGGGAAGGUGACUUGGGGAAGAAGCGGCGUCGAGCCGGGUCGCGAACAGCCAUGAAUGAGAUGUCAAGUUUCCUGCACAUCGGGGACAUCGUCUCCCUGUACGCCGAGGGCUCCGUCAACGGCUUCAUCAGCACUUUGGGGCUGGUGGAUGAUCGGUGCGUGGUGGAGCCAGCUGCUGGUGACCUGGACAACCCACCCAAGAAGUUUCGAGAUUGCCUCUUCAAAGUAUGUCCCAUGAACCGCUACUCGGCCCAGAAGCAGUACUGGAAGGCCAAGCAAACCAAGCAGGACAAGGAGAAGAUCGCGGAUGUGGUGCUGCUGCAGAAACUCCAGCAUGCAGCCCAGAUGGAGCAGAAGCAGAAUGAGACAGAGAACAAGAAAGUGCACGGGGACGUGGUGAAGUACGGCAGCGUGAUACAGCUCCUCCAUAUGAAGAGCAACAAGUACCUGACGGUGAACAAGCGGCUGCCGGCCCUGCUGGAGAAAAACGCCAUGAGGGUGACACUGGAUGCCACUGGCAACGAGGGCUCCUGGCUUUUCAUCCAGCCCUUCUGGAAGCUGAGGAGCAAUGGAGAUAACGUAGUCGUGGGAGACAAAGUCAUCCUGAACCCUGUCAACGCUGGGCAGCCUCUCCAUGCCAGCAACUAUGAGCUUGCUGACAAUGCUGGCUGCAAGGAGGUGAACUCGGUCAAUUGUAACACCAGCUGGAAAAUCAACCUUUUCAUGCAGUUCUGUGACCACAUGGAGGAAGUACUGAAAGGGGGGGACGUGGUGAGGCUGUUCCAUGCCGAGCAGGAGAAGUUCCUCACCUGUGAUGAGUACAAAGGGAAGCUGCACGUAUUCCUCCGCACCACCCUGAGGCAGUCAGCUACCUCAGCCACCAGCUCCAACGCCCUGUGGGAAGUGGAGGUUGUCCACCACGACCCGUGCCGGGGGGGAGCCGGGCACUGGAAUGGCUUGUACCGCUUCAAGCACCUCGCCACGGGCAACUACCUGGCAGCAGAGGAAAACCCAAGUUAUAAAGGAGACGUGGCUGAGCCCAAAGCAGCGCCCACGGGGGGCAGCGGCCGCGCCAGCCGCAGGAACACGGGGGAGAAGAUCAAAUACCGGCUGGUGGCCGUGCCCCACGGCAACGACAUCGCCUCCCUCUUCGAGCUGGACCCCACCACGCUGCAGAAAACCGACUCCUUCGUCCCACGGAACUCCUACGUGAGGCUGCGCCACCUCUGCACCAACACCUGGAUCCAGAGCACCAAUGUGCCCAUUGACAUCGAUGAGGAGAGGCCCAUUCGCCUCAUGCUGGGCACGUGCCCCACCAAAGAAGACAAAGAAGCUUUUGCCAUCGUCUCCGUGCCAGUGUCUGAGAUCCGGGACCUGGACUUUGCAAACGACGCCAGCUCGAUGUUGGCCAACGUGGUGGAGAAGAUGAACGAAGGUUUUCUCAGCCAGAACGACCGGAGGUUUGUGAUCCAGCUGUUGGAGGACUUGGUGUUUUUUGUCAGUGAUGUCCCCAACAAUGGCCAGAACGUACUGGACAUUGUGGUGACCAAGCCCAACCGGGAGCGGCAGAAGCUGAUGCGGGAGCAGAACAUCCUGAAGCAGAUCUUUGGGAUCCUGAAAGCCCCCUUCAAGGACAAGGGUGGGGAAGGGCCCCUGGUGCGGCUGGAGGAGCUGUCGGACCAGAAGAACGCUCCCUACCAGUACAUGUUCCGGCUGUGCUACCGCGUGCUGCGGCACUCCCAGGAGGACUAUCGCAAGAACCAGGAGCACAUCGCCAAGCAGUUUGGCAUGAUGCAGUCCCAGAUUGGCUACGACAUCCUGGCUGAGGACACCAUCACGGCCCUGCUGCACAACAACCGCAAGCUGCUGGAGAAGCACAUCACCAAGACUGAGGUGGAGACCUUUGUCAGCCUGGUGCGCAAGAACCGCGAGCCACGGUUCUUGGACUACCUCUCAGACCUGUGCGUGUCCAACCACAUUGCCAUCCCUGUCACCCAGGAGCUGAUCUGCAAGUGUGUGCUGGACCCAAAGAACAGUGACAUCCUCAUCAAAACUGAGCUGAGGCCAGUGAAGGAAAUGUCCCAGACCCACGAGUACCUGAGCAUCGAGUACUCAGAGGAGGAGGUUUGGCUCACCUGGACGGACAAGAACAAUGACCACCACGAGAAAAGCAUCCGGCAGCUGGCACAGGAGGCCCGGGCUGGCAAUGCCCAUGAUGAGAACGUUCUCAGCUACUACAGGUACCAGCUGAAGCUCUUUGCCCGCAUGUGCCUGGAUCGCCAGUACUUGGCCAUCAAGGAGAUCUCCCAGCAGCUGGGUGUGGACCUGAUCUUCCUCUGCAUGGCAGAUGAGAUGCUGCCCUUUGAUCUCCGGGCGUCCUUCUGCCACCUCAUGUUACACGUGCACGUGGACAGGGACCCCCAGGAGCUGGUGAUGCCCGUGAAGUUUGCACGGCUCUGGACCGAGAUCCCCACAGCCAUCACCAUCAAAGACUACGACUCUAACCUCAAUGCCUCACGGGACGACAAGAAGAACAAGUUUGCCAGCACCAUGGAGUUUGUGGAGGACUACCUCAACAACGUGGUGAGCGAGGCGGUGCCCUUUGCCAACGAGGAGAAGAACAAGCUCACGUUCGAGGUUGUCAGCCUUGCCCACAACCUCAUCUACUUCGGCUUCUACAGCUUCAGUGAGCUGCUGCGCCUGACACGGACACUGCUGGGCAUCAUUGACUGUGUCCAGAACCCCCAGCUGAUGAUGCAGACAGUCUACAACGACGAGGUGACAGGGAAGAACGUGAGGAGAUCGAUCCAGGGCGUUGGGCAGAUGAUGUCCACCAUGGUGCUGAGCAGGAAGCAGUCCAUCUUCAGCCCUCCAAGCCUCAGUGCUGGGUCUGCCCCAGAGCAAGUGGACAGAGGGAGGAGCAUUGAGAAUGAGAACAUUGUGGUGAUGGAGACCAAGCUGAAGAUUCUGGAGAUCUUGCAGUUCAUCCUGAACGUGCGGCUGGACUACAGGAUUUCCUACCUGCUUUCUGUCUUCAAGAAGGAGUUUGUGGAAGUCUAUCCCAUGCAGGACAGUGCAGCUGAUGGGACAGCUCCAGCCUUUGACUCCACAACUGCAGCCAUGAACCUGGACCGGAUCGGCGAGCACGCAGAAGCCAUGUUCGGUGUGGGGAAGACGAGCAGCAUGUUAGAGGUGGAUGACGAGGGAGGGAGGAUGUUUCUGCGGGUUCUGAUCCACCUGACCAUGCAUGACUACCCACCGCUCAUCUCCGGCUCCCUGCAGCUCCUCUUCAAGCACUUCAGCCAGAGGCAGGAGGUCUUGAACACCUUCAAACAGGUUCAGCUCCUCAUCUCAGCCCAGGAUGUGGAGAACUACAAGGUGAUCAAGUCAGAGCUGGACAAACUCCGCACCAUGGUGGAGAAAUCGGAGCUCUGGGUGGACAAGAAGGGCAGCAGCAAAGGGGACAGCACGGUGGAGGGCAACAAGAAGGAGAAGAAAGAGCACACUGCUGAUGAAGAGGUCAUUGCUCCAGGAGAGAAGAGUAGUGAGAACUACCAGUUAGUCAAGGGGAUCCUGGAGCGGCUGAAUAAGAUGUGUGGGGUGGGAGAGCAAGUGCGCAAGAAGCAGCAGCGCCUGCUGAAGAACAUGGAUGCCCACAAAGUGAUGCUGGAUCUGCUGCAGAUCCCAUACGAGAAGGUGGGUGGGCAGAAGCCAGCUGGUCCCAAAGUGCCCUGGGGUGAUGCCAAGAUGAUGGAGAUCCUGAAAUUCACCCACCAGUUCCUGCAGAAGUUCUGUGCUGGCAAUCAGGAAAACCAGGCCCUGCUGCACAAACACCUCAACCUGUUCUUGACCCCAGGGCUCCUGGAGGCUGAGACCAUGCAGCACAUCUUCCUCAACAACUACCAGCUCUGCUCGGAGAUCAACGAGACGGUGCCACAGCACUUCAUCCACUGCGUGGCCACCCACGGCCGCCACGUGCAGUACCUGGACUUCUUGCACACCAUCAUCAAGGCUGAGGGCAAGUACGUCAAGAAGUGCCAGGACAUGAUCAUGACUGAGCUCACCAACGCUGGGGACGACGUGGUGGUUUUCUACAAUGACAAGGCUUCGUUGGCCACCCUCUUGGAGAUGAUGACAGCAGCCAGGGAUGGGGUGGAGGAGAACAGCCCACUGAUGUACCACAUCUCCCUGGUGGACCUAUUGGCUGCCUGCGCCGAGGGCAAGAAUGUCUACACGGAGAUCAAGUGCACGUCCCUGCUGCCCUUGGAGGACGUGGUGCGGGUGGUGACACAUGAGGAUUGCAUCACGGAGGUGAAGAUGGCCUAUGUGAACUUUGUCAACCACUGCUAUGUGGACACGGAGGUGGAGAUGAAGGAGAUCUACACCAGCAAUCACAUCUGGACUCUUUUUGAGAACUUCACCCUGGACAUGGCCCAGAUGUGCAAGAAGCGAGAGAAGCGCCUACCGGACCCCACGCUGGAGAAGUACGUGCUGACGGUGGUGCUGGACACCAUCAACGCGUUCUUCAGCUCCCCCUUCUCAGAGAACAGCACCUCUCUGCAGACCCACCAGACCAUUGUGGUGCAGCUUCUCCAGUCCACCAUGAGGCUGCUGGAGUGUCCCUGGCUGCAGCAGCAGCACAAGAGCUCAGUGGAAGCCUGCAUCCGCACGCUGGCCAUGGUUGCCAAGAGCCGCUCCAUCGCGCUGCCCAUGGACCUGGACGCCCACGUCAGCUCCCUGCUCAACAGCAGCUCCACCAGCACGGUGCAGAGGAACACAUCCAACUACAAGGCAGCCACACGGACCUUCCCCCGUGUCUCCACCACCCCCAACCAGUGGGACUACAAGAACAUCAUAGAGAAGCUGCAGGACAUCAUCAAUGCCCUGGAGGAUCGCUUGAAACCGCUGGUGGAGGCUGAGCUGUCUGUCCUGGUGGAUGUCCUCCAUCGGCCGGAGCUGCUGUUCAUGGAGGGGACGGAGGCGUUUCAGCGAUGUGAGAGCGGAGGGUUCCUCUCCAAGCUGGUGCAGCACACCAAGGACCUGAUGGAGACGGAGGAGAAGCUGUGCAUCAAGGUGCUGAGGACGCUGCAGCAGAUGCUGGUGAAGAGGAACAGAUACGGCGAGAGGGGCAACCUGCUGCGGAAAAUGCUCAUGAACAAUUACCUGCAGAACAAGAAGUCCAGCUCCAAAGGAGAAAUGGCAGAUGCUGCUGGGGGAGGCCAAGACCAGGACUGGUCGGCUAUCGCUGCUGUCCAGUGCCGCCUGGACCGAGAAGGGGCCACCAAGUUGGUGGCUGACCUCAUCAUGAACACCAAGAACGAGAAGAUCUUCCAAGAGAGCAUCCUGCUCGCCAUCCGGCUGCUGGACGGAGGCAACACUGAGAUCCAGAAAUCCUUUUACAACCUCAUGACGAGCGACAAGAAGUCUGAGAAGUUCUUCAAAGUUCUGCACGACCGCAUGAAGAAGGCACAGCAGGAGACCAAGUCCACGGUGUCUGUGAACAUGAGUGACAUCGGGAACAAGCCUCGUGAGGACAAGGAGGAGCCUGACCCUGCCACCAAAGGACGAGGAGAGACCUUCCUGAUGCCUGGUACCCCCACCCGCUACCCCAUGGCCAUGGGGUUUCGGAAGGGCCACGACACCGGGGAGCAGGGUCAGAACAAUGAGAUGGGGGUGACAGUCCUGAUCAUGGAGCCCAUCCUGCGGUUCCUGCAACUGCUCUGCGAGAACCACAACCGGGACCUGCAGAACUUCCUCCGGUGCCAGAACAACAAGACUAACUACAACCUGGUGUGUGAGACCCUGCAGUUCCUCGACAUCAUGUGUGGAAGCACCACAGGGGGGCUGGGGCUGCUGGGCCUCUACAUCAAUGAGUACAACGUGGCCCUCAUCACCCAGACCCUGGAGACCCUGACCGAGUACUGCCAAGGGCCCUGCCAUGAGAACCAGAGCUGCAUCGUGACCCACGAGUCCAACGGGAUUGACAUCAUCACAGCCCUCAUCCUCAACGACAUCAGCCCCCUCUGCAAGUACCGCAUGGACCUGGUCCUGCAGCUGAAGGACAAUGCUUCCAAGCUCCUCUUGGCCCUCAUGGAGAGCAGACAUGACAGUGAAAACGCUGAGCGGAUCCUCAUCAGCCUCCGCCCGCAGGAACUGGUCGAUGUGAUUAAGAAGGCCUAUCUGCAGGAGGAGGAGUGUGAAAAUGCUGAGGUUUCCCCCCGGGAAGUUGGUCACAACAUUUACAUCCUGGCGCUGCAGCUGUCACGACACAACAAGUCUCUGCAGCAGCUCCUGAAGCCAGUGAAGAGAAUCCAGGAAGAGGAGGAGGAGGGGAUCUCAUCCAUGCUCAGCCUAAACAACAAGCAGCUGACCCAGAUGCUGAAGUCGACGGCCCCAGUCCAGGAAGAAGAGGAGGAUCCACUGGCAUAUUAUGAGAAACACACCUCCCAGAUUGAGAUCGUGCGCCUGGACCGGAGCAUGGAGCAGAUCAUCUUCCCAGUGCCUGGAAUCUGUGAGUUCCUCACCAAGGAGACCAAGUACCGACUCUUCACCACCACGGAGCAGGAUGAGCAAGGCAGCAAAGUCAGUGAUUUCUUCGACCAGUCGUCCUUCCUCCACAACGAGAUGGAAUGGCAGAAGAAGCUGCGCAGCAUGCCGCUGAUGUACUGGUUCUCCCGCAGAAUGACACUCUGGGGAAGCAUUUCCUUCAACCUGGCUGUCUUCAUCAACAUAAUCAUUGCUUUCUUCUACCCCUAUGUUGAAGCCACUUCCAUGGGAGUGCUGGAUUCCCCGCUGAUCUCACUGCUCUUCUGGAUCCUGAUCUGCUUCUCCAUCAUGGCCCUGUUCACCAAGCGUUACGGUGUGCGACCACUCCUCGUGGCCCUGAUCCUGAGAUCCAUUUAUUACCUGGGGAUCGGGCUCACCCUCAACAUCCUGGGGGCCCUCAAUCUGACCAACAAGAUUGUGUUUGUGGUGAGCUUCGUGGGCAAUCGUGGGACCUUCAUCCGAGGCUACAAGGCCAUGAUCAUGGACGUGGAGUUUCUUUACCAUGUUGGCUACAUUGUGACCAGCGUCCUGGGCCUCUUUGUGCACGAACUCUUCUACAGCAUCCUGCUGUUUGACUUGAUCUACCGUGAGGAGACCUUGUUUAAUGUCAUCAAGAGCGUGACGCGGAACGGCCGCUCCAUCCUGCUGACUGCCCUGCUGGCCCUCAUCCUCGUCUACCUCUUCUCCAUCGUGGGCUUCCUGUUCCUGAAGGAUGACUUCAUCCUGGAGGUGGACCGGCUGCCAGAGAGCAAAGCCAAAGAUGACCCCUUGGGGAUGCAAAGGAACAUGGAGACCUUCAUGGAGUCAUGUAGCGGGGACAAAAUUAGCUGCUCUGCUGUGCCCACUGCCUUGGAAGAAACAGAGGCUGACCAGUGGGAACGUGCCUGUGACACGCUGCUCAUGUGCAUUGUCACUGUCCUGAACCACGGCCUGAGGAACGGAGGGGGCGUGGGGGACAUCCUGCGGAAGCCAUCCAAGGAUGAGUCCUUGUUUCCUGCUCGGGUUGUCUACGACCUCCUCUUCUUCUUCAUUGUCAUUAUCAUUGUUCUUAACCUCAUCUUUGGGGUCAUUAUUGACACCUUCGCUGAUCUGAGGAGCGAGAAGCAAAAGAAGGAGGAGAUACUGAAGACCACCUGCUUCAUAUGUGGACUCGAAAGGGACAAGUUUGACAACAAGACCGUGUCCUUUGAGGAGCACAUUAAAUAUGAGCACAACAUGUGGAACUACUUGUACUUCAUAGUCCUGGUGCGAGUGAAGAACAAGACGGACUACACCGGGCCCGAGAGUUACGUGGCACAGAUGAUAAAGAACAAGAACCUUGACUGGUUCCCCCGGAUGCGAGCCAUGUCACUGGUCAGCAAUGAAGGGGAAGGGGAACAGAACGAGAUCCGAAACCUGCAAGACAAACUCAACACCACGAUGAAGCUGGUGUCCCACCUCACCUCCCAGCUGAACGAGCUGAAGGAACAGAUGACAGAGCAACGGAAGCGCAGGCAAAGGAUGGGUUUUGUGGAUGUCCAGAAUUCCAUGAACCACUAAGAUGGAGAAGAAGCUUCAGCUUCAUCCACCGAGAGGCUGCACACCUGUAUCAGCUAAGGAGGCUGCUUCUUCCUGGGUUCCACACAUGGAUGUUGCUGCCAGAGGAAGAUGGACUGUGCCAAAGGGCUUCACAGGCAACAUUUUCCUUAGAGCACUUGUGAGCACGUCAGGAACCAGGGACUGGCCAGGAUUCCUCACCAUCCCUGGACCCACACAUUAGUCUAACACCCUCAUAGGCAGAUAAAUUAUCCAGGACUUUUAUUCCUCAUUGCAACAACUCCUUAUUUUGCCAGUGGGCAGGGGUGUAUCUUUAUCUCCAUGCGCUGCAUCCCGGCGAGGUCCCCCCCCAGGUGUGGUGGCACUAGUUGUAGGGCUGCAAUAUUUAACUUAUUCCCAGAGUGGCACUAGUGCCCCUGGAUCUUUGCAAACCAGCCAUCUUAUUUACUGUACCUGCUCCAUGCUGAUCCCUCUCCAUUUUAAAGCAUUCUCUUCAUCACUGGGGUGCAGUAAAGAGGAGCUAAACUCAAGGAGGUGGAUUUUGUUAAUUUAACUCACCAGAUGAGUAAGCUUGUUACUAGUGUGAACUAGUCUUUUGCCUUCUGUGGACCAAGGAUAUCUGGGCAGUAGUAGUAGGAGAGUGCAGGUUUACAGGAGUUCACUGUGAAGGGGUGUCCUGUGUUUUAGUUUCAUCUCUGGUGUCAUGUUUUUUGGUUGUUGUUAUUUUGUUGUUGUUGUCAUUGUUGUUACUUAAGAACUAAAGUGUAAAUUGCCUUAACUAAAUUAAACACAAAUCAUGUUAUAAUAAAACCUUAAACAUGGUAAAGAAA